AGACUAAAGAUGGCCGAAGCUCCCUCAUGCCCGAGCCGGUUCUUCUGUCACAGAUGCUCAGUAGAGAUUAGUCCUCGGCUUCCCUGCUGACAGUGAGUCCUUGUCAAACAACUCCAGUGGGCCCCAGAACCAGCAGCCAUUCCAGAAUGCAGACCCAAAUUUAUUCACAUUGCCCUCAGGCUACGGUCAGUUCUCCCUCAGUGUCUUUGAUGACGGCUUUGACUCUGGACAUAGAACAAGCGACAACCAGAGUUCUGAAAGCGGGUUGGAACGGGACACCACAUCACGGCAAAGAUACAGCGCCAGGCAACCCAGAGGUCGGCACGGUUCCAGGCGGCAGGCAGGGAGGCAUGAGGGAGUUCCCACUUUAGAGGGAAUCAUUCAGCAGAUAGUGAAUGGAAUAAUUGCACCAACUGCAAUGCCACACAUUGGUGUUGGAUCCUGGGGUGUUCUUCACUCAAAUCCUAUGGACUAUGCCUGGGGUGCUAAUGGACUUGAUGCUAUUAUAACUCAGUUAUUAAACCAGUUUGAAAACACAGGACCUCCACCUGCUGAUAGGGAUAAAAUCAAAAAUCUUCCUUCAGUACAAAUCACAGAUGAGCAUGUUGCCUCGGCUCUGGAAUGUCCAGUGUGUAAAGAAGAUUACAGUAUUGGUGAAAACGUGAGGCAGCUCCCGUGCAAUCACAUGUUUCACAACGAUUGCAUAGUCCCCUGGCUGGAGCAGCAUGACACCUGCCCAGUGUGCAGGAAAAGCUUGAGUGGACAAAACACAGCAACAAACCCUCCAGAACUAUCACGGAUAAACUUUACCUCCUUCUCUUCAUCAUCAUCGUCCUCCUCCUCCUCCUCUACCCCUCAGUCCUCAGGUUCAAACAGCAAUGAGAACUCUACUGAGAACUCGUAGAGGAGGGCGUGGCUCCUUGUCACCUCACAAGCUGUUGGUAGCUCCCAGGCUGCUGCACCUCAGAGCAGUGACCUCCGGUCCCUCCCUGUGGAGGGCAGAGGCCCGAGUGGCUCAGCAGGAUCGCUCAGGCUCCAUGCAGGGGUGAACGAUACAAGUGUUUGUGUAUUUUUACUCAUUGUGUGUCUCCCCCCCCC